AUGCCUCCUACUAGCGAGAGUUUCGAUAGCAUCUACUUGGAUCUGUCCAAGGAGAGCGGCAAGUGCAGAUUCGCCGAGAGCGGUCUCGGAUGGAAGCCUGCAGGCGGUGGCGAUACCUUCACCCUUGACCACAGCAACAUCGCCUCGGCGCAGUGGAGUCGAGCUGCCAAGGGCUACGAGAUCAAGAUCCUUAACCGAGACUCGCGCAUCAUCCAACUCGAUGGAUUCCAGCAGGAGGACUACGAGCGUCUGGCCAAGAUCUUCAAGAACUGGUACAGCACCGCUCUCGAAAACAGGGAGCACGCCCUGAGAGGAUGGAACUGGGGUAAGGCCGACUUCGGAAAGGCCGAGCUUUCCUUCAACGUCCAGAACCGACCUGCUUUCGAAAUCCCCUACUCCGAGAUCUCAAAUACCAACCUGGCGGGUCGCAACGAAGUCGCGGUUGAGUUCUCUGCCCCGACGGACCAGAAUGACACUGGCACAAAUGGCCAUCUGGGUGGCGCGCGAGGCAAGGGCAAGAAGGCCGGAGCUGGCAAGGAUCAGCUCGUUGAGAUGCGCUUCUACAUUCCCGGAACCGUCAAGAAGGAGGCAGAAGGCGACGAUGCCGGCAGCGAUGCCGGUGAGGAAGAGAAGAACGCCGUCACGCUGUUCUACGACACUCUGAUGGAGAAGGCCGAGAUUGGCGAGACCGCGGGCGAUACCAUCGCUACCUUCCUGGACAUUCUGCACCUUACACCCAGAGGACGUUUCGACAUCGACAUGUACGAUGCGUCUUUCCGUCUCCGUGGUAAGACGUACGACUACAAGAUCCAGUACGACGCCAUCAAGAAGUUCAUGGUUCUCCCCAAGCCGGAUGAGACCCACGUCCUGCUGUGUGUUGGUCUGGACCCGCCCUUGCGCCAGGGUCAGACGAGAUACCCCUUCAUCGUCAUGCAAUUUAAGAAGGAUGAGGAGGUUACAAUUGAUUUGAACCUCACCGAGGAGCAAAUAGAGGAGCGGUACAAGGACAGACUCCAGCCUCAUUACGAGCAGCCCCUCCACCAAGUCAUCACCUACAUCUUCAGAGGACUUGCCAACAAGAAGAUUACGACACCGGCUAAGGACUUCCAGACGCACCGUAACCAGUUCGGAAUUAAGUGCUCCAUCAAGGCCAGCGAAGGUUUCCUGUACUGCCUGGAGAAGGCCUUCAUGUUCGUGCCGAAGCCUGCGACGUAUAUUGCCUAUGAGCAGACGGCAUCCAUCACAUUCUCCCGUGUCGGCGGCGCCGUGUCUGCGCUCUCGACCUUUGACAUCACCGUGCAGAUGAAGAACGGCGCCGGCUCAUCACAGUUCAGCAACAUCAACCGCGAGGACCUCAAGGGGCUCGAGGAGUUUUUCAGACUGAAGGGCUUGCGUGUCAAGAACGAGAUCGAUGAAGAGUCGAACCUGAUCGCCGCUGCCCUUCGUGAGCAGGCCAUGGACGACUCUGAGGAGGAGGUUGUCGGUGCCGCCAAGGCUGACCGUGGUUCGGCCGACGAAGAUGAGGAGAGUGUGGAUGAGGACUUCCGCGCCGAGAGCGAGAGUGACGUCGCUGAAGAAUUCGACAGUGACCACGAGAGUUCGGGCUCUGGCAGCCAGGAGAGCGACGUCGACAAUGCCGAUGACGAUGCCGAGGAGGAGGACGAUGAUGAAGAAGAGGAAGAGGAGAGGCCCAAGAAGAAGAAGAAGACGGGCUAA